UUUUACACUCCAUCUGCUUAAGAUAAUAUUUAGCCUUGAAGAGACUCUUUUGGGUUGUUAUAACUUUGAAAGCGGGCGACUUUACGUCCAAUGUGCAAAAUUUGGGUAAAAACCAAACGCAAACUGAUGGGUAAUAGAAAAAAGAACUCUGGUGUCUUUAGUCCAGCGCUUUAAAACAAUUGACCAAUCAGCGGUGAGAUAGCUAGUAGGCGGGACGUCUUGUGGAGAUUGGCAGGAUAACCCUCCAAUUAAAUACUCCGGUGGUCGACAUUGACCAAUCGUGUGCGGGCUCGAGCCGCUGUAUCCAACGGGAGUGGAUUUUCAACGAGCUCGAGAGAAAAGCGGAGAGGGGCAGACAUCAUUUCUCUCUCAGCGCCUUUGGACUAACGUUAUCCAAACGAAGGCAAAGAGCCAAGAAAUUAAAAAGAGAAAAUCUUUUUCUGAACAGGAUUAUAAAUAUCUAAAUUUAUUUGCAAAACUAGCCAUGGCCGACACAGCUGUUGAUACGACCGCAACUGCAGAGGUUACAGCCAAGGAGCUGAAAGAGAAGAAAGAAGUGGAGGCGAAGGAGGAGGAGAAGAAGACCGACAACGGGGACGCACCUGCGAAUGGCACAAAUGGUGCUGACCACAGUGACAAAGCGGAGAAAAAGGCAGAGGAGAAACACAAGAAUGGAGAUGGGAAAGCAGAGGAGGCGCCCCCUGCUGAGGAGACUGAUGCACAGCCUGUGAAGCGUGCAGCUGAAGAGGAGGAGGAGAAGGUGGAGACAAAAAAGCAGAAGACAGAGGAAAAUGGAGAUUCAAAAGAGGCAGAAGUGGAGGCUUAGGUCUCUGCCCUGCUACUUGUUUGCAGCACUGUCUUACCAGCCUGGUCAACAUCGUGUUGUAGAGCUUGUGCUUUCUGUAGCUUUGAGGAAAUAUUUCUUUUUGUUUGCUCCCAUGUUAUCACAUUGCACUGGAGUCCUGAAACAGAGUGGCCCUGCAUCCUUUUUUUAUGAAAUGUUAUUUAUUGGUCUUUAAAAUGAGCUUUUUUUUCUACUUGUACAAAUCGGGCCACAUCACAAGAUCAGUUAUUUUCAUUUCUUGAGGUUUUAUAUCGGUAUGUUAGAAGCACAAUCUCUAUUAAGUCAGUGCUGACCAGAUGAUUCAUACAUACAGGCAGCUGCUCACCUCCAAGGCUCAUGUUGACCUCUCAGAUUCACUUCAAGGACCAAAGAUAAGUUUUAAGCAGGGGCUAAUAGACAGUUGUUAGCAUUAUUAGUUGAGGCAUCAUUAUUUUUUGUGUUGAGCUGCUAGUUAAUCCUUGGCUUGGCUGCCCUGAUAACAUAACAGAUGGUGCAAAAUGAAUAAAGGGGAUCUGUCUUGCGCCUCCAUGAUAAGAUUCCUUGACCUUGUUUCAUGGAGGCAGGAUUUUGCAAUGUUAAUUACCCCCUCUUAAAUCUUUAAGCUUUGGUCAUUUGUUCUGUAUGCAUUCCACGCAAGUUUGUACCAUUUAUACUUUUUUUUUUUCUUACGUUUUCAAUGAGUUUUAUGUUAUGGCUGGGUAGCCCAGUUUUGUGUCCAAGACUGCCUUUUUCAGAACCAGAAUGACAUUCGGUUACUUCAGCCACUGCUUUGUAUAUUCUGAUUAACAAAUAAAUUGUCUUUUUACUUAAGGGUA